AUGGAUGUUGAUUUAGAACCACUCAGUUCACAAGACAACAUUGAAGAUUGCAUAAUGACUGGUGUGGAAGAGAAUGUGAAUUGCACUUGUGAUUGCGGUGGCAACAGUAGCAAGUGCAUUUUUGUGACAGUCGAUGAUAUUAUAAACCAGACAUUUGAAACAUUGGAUGCAGCUUAUAACUUGUAUGUAAGUUAUGCGAGGUGUGUCGGGUUUGGAGUUCACAAGGGUGAUACAACGCAUGAAAAAGAUGGAACACAGUGUAGAAGGCGAUUUUUUUGCAACAAGGAAGGAAAGAGAGCCGAGAAAUACAUCUCUAAUUCGAAUAGGAAGAGGGAGCAUAAACCGCUGACUCGUACUGGUUGUGAAGCCAUGCUUGCGGUGUACUUUGACAUGAAAACUUCAACUUGGAGAGUUAAAAAGUUAGUUGAGAAGCACAACCAUGAUCUUGUUCCACAAUACUUGGUACACCUAAUUCCAAACCACCGAGGGUUGAUUGAGGCACAAAAAGCUCAGGCAAACACCGUGCAUGAUAAUGGUCUUCCAACCUCUAAAGUAAUGGGACUAAUUAGGGGUGUUCGCGGUGCGGCCAUCCGAACCAAACCAAACCAAUUAAAAUCGGUUUAG